AUCAUUUUUGCAAUGGCCGGUGUGCGCAUGUCAAAAGUAUAUGUCAUUCACAUCAUUUUAUUUUGUGAUUUCCUAAAAUCGAGUUGAAAUUGUGAAAAUACACGGACGUGGUUGCUUCGGGCUUGAGCGCCUUUUUACCGCGGACCAUUGUGUCCUACGAAUAGAUUAUAAGUGAUAUCAGAUAAUAUUUUUAAAGUUUUAGGAAAAUUCGCACUCAAAUUUCUUAUUCGAUUUUCAGUUUUUCACUUUAGCCUGUUUGAAGCGAAAUGUGUAUUUUAUUGGCUACAUAAUGAACAAAGUGAAAAUUUUUCGUAGCUUAGUGUUCAGUGUUUAGUUUUCUAUUUUGGACAUAGAAAGGGGUUAAAUCCAUACUGGGGCUGAUGAAUUACUGAAAGGAGACGUAGAAAUUGCAUAAAUGGGUUCAGCAAUAGUUAAGAAACAUCGCAUAAAGACGACCCCCACAUAAGAGCAAUAGAACAAAAUGCGCUCCACUAACCGUCCACAAGGAACUAUCUCGAAAAACAACCUUAAAUUAAAAAAAAAUAAAAACGAGCUUAACACAAAAACAACCCAAACGGGUCUAAGCUUUAACUAGUCUGGACUAUUCUUAAUAAAUUAUAUAGUUGCCUUUCUAGAUCUUCUUUGGUCCAAUUUUUGUAUAAAACAAUUUUAGUGUAGAUGUUUAGUUUUAAUAGUGUUACUUCGGAGAUAAUACGGCGUGUGUGAGUGGCAUUGUAAUGGAGCAACCCGAGGUAGAAAAGGGCUGCCCGAGCUCGGAAGAUGGCAGCCAGCUGGGCAGGAAUAGGAGUUUCAAAUCAAAGCAACUCGUCCGCAGCCAAGCGAUUCGCGAAUCGACAUCCCCUCCUCGUACCAUCUCGCCCUACGCGAGUGAAAAGGACAGAAACAGCGAGAUAGCUGAGAACCUCACGUGUGUGAGCGAGAAGGAAAGCGACGCCUCUAGUCAUAGCGAUAUGUGCAGUGUUAUCAAUAAUGACAGAUUGUGUGAUGCGAAGAAACAGCCGGUCGAAAUUCAGAUAACGUCAGGUGCAUGGGAGGAAGGUGAAAGUGAGCAAAGGAUGCGAACACGUAGAUGGCUCGGACACAGACACCACUCGGACUCUUCGCGAGACCUGCUUUCCUACAAUCCGCGUGUCGCAUGCGUGUGUGGGACAUGCGCAUGUCCACAUUGCAGAGGUAGACGUCGAAAGCACGCCUGUCCGACGAAGCAAGACUCGGGCAUCGUCUGUUCAGACGAUUGUCCAGACUGCUCGGAUACCGAUCAUGCUGGACCGAACGGCGAUGGAGCUAGGAAAUCUGGUAGUUUUGACUCUGAGGAUCAGACGUUUUAUUGCAGAUGUCCCGAAAGGAAAGAGAAACAUAAGAGUGUAUCGCUAAGUGGCAACGAAUUUGACGAUAAAACAGAACCAACCGGCCCCGAACUAGUUAGCUUCAUUAAGGAAACCCUAAACAAGAAUCCGCGUGAUCGCAUGACUCUCCUCAAAAUUGAAAAAGAGCUGCACUCAUUGGUGAAUGACAACGGGCGCUGCAUCGCGCGCUUCCCGGUGAUGACGUCGUACGGCCGCAUGCUGGUGCACCGCUGCGCCGCGCUGUUCCAGCUGCAGCACCACCUCGACCACGCCAACCGGAACGCCGUGCUGGUCUCCAAGAGCGGUACGAGUGGAGGCCGCAUCCCGUGCACCAGUUUCCGCGAAUGGUGCUCCGCUAACUUCCCGCGGGAACCCCCGCCUCACGACACACGAGCGAAGUCGAUCUUAAAACGUGACGGAGGCAACAACACAGCACCGGCCGCUACCGCUGGCCGAAGCAAGUCUCUGGAACAACGCGAACGAGAUUAUGAACGUGUUCGUCGCAGGAUCUUUAGCACGGAUAAUUGUUCCCGCGACGAGUCCCAGUGGGCGUGGCUGGCCGGGGCUCCGGUGAAGCUCUUAGCCCCUGAACCGCCCCGGAACAGAUUGCUCAAGGUGCAGUCUCUAGAGAGCGGCGGUCAAGCUCGAGGUGCGGUGAGCAAGUCGCACAGCUUCGGAGGUUACACGGCCGAGCAACCACGACUGCUUAGUAGGCAGGGUGACCUGGCGAGCAGCAGCUGGCGCCUGUCCCCGUCCAGCUCUGGUUACAAGACGUUGAGUCUCCGGAGCUCGGAUUCUGUAACACCCUCGCCCACCGGAGGCGCCAGUCCCGAGCCGAGCGUCGAAGGCGCGACCCUGGUGUGGGCGGUGACCGACAUGUCGGCCGUGCCGCCGGGCGCGCUCGUCAUACACCCACAGACAGGACGGCCUCUUACCAACCCCGACGGAUCUCUGUACCACUUCGACCCUCACAACCCGCCCGCCCUACAAGAGUUUCAGGUGGAUAUGAACAACGAAAAGAGACGCGGCAAGCUCGAGAAGCAACACUCCUUCAUAGACAACGAUUGUGAGUGUCAGCCGACAGAGGAGUGUCGUACGAAGUGCUACUGCGAGUGUCGUCGACCCGAAGACACUGAGAGUGUACCCAAUGAUGAGAAGAAUAUUCUUCAAAAACCAAAAGCAGCAUCGAACCCAUCCAGCCCGGUCAAAGACCGUUACGAAAACCGGACGAAACCGGUCACACCGGAAACUAAACCGGAUCAAGAGAAAACGGUCGAAGCUAGCCCCAAACACGAGAAAUACGAACCGCCGAAUCAGAGACCACAAAAGGAACAGAAAGUUCUAGAGGCACAAAAGUUCGAAGCGACCACUCACACGCCGACAAAUCAGAGGUUCGAAUCGCCAGCCAAUCAAAGAUUUGAAUCGCCAGCGAAUCAGAGAUUUGAAUCGCCAGCGAAUCAGAGAUUUGAAUCUCCAGCCAAUCAGAGAUUCGAUUCGCCAGCCAAUCAGAGGCAAGCAUUUGAACAGAGAGUGUUUGAACCGGCCAAUCAGAGGCCGUAUGAAAAUCGGUAUGAAAGGUACGAUGUACAGAACCAGAGGGUAGCUAAAAUGUCGCACGAAGAGAUGUACCAGCAACAAAAUUAUAUGCAGGGUUACAGGAGCGAGGAGAUGAUAUCCUCACAAGCGAUGGUGAACUACCAUCCACCAGAGGUCGCAGAUAUGCAAAGUGUAAUGCAAGCCAAAGUGACACCGAUGCCGAUGCCGGACCCAAAUAUACGUCCGAUGUCGCUCAACAACGUGAUGUACCCGGGAGUGCCGCCCAACUACCCCUACCUCAACACCUGUCGGAUUGACCAGCCCCUGCAGCCCGCCCCGCUGUACCAGCCCCUGGUGCCCGAGGACCAGAAGCAGCUGACCUCGUCGCCACACAACGAGAACACGUUCAGGAUCGACCCCAGCUACCCGUACGCGACAGAGUUGAGUGCCUGUGGAGCCUGCGACAUGCAGCCGCGCGGCUACGGAGUCCCGUACGCCGGCGAGCCCGGGGCGGCGCCCUACGGGCCCAACGUGCUGCUGCCGCCGCCCCUGCAGCCCGCCCUGCAGCCCGCCCUGCAGCCCUACCCGUAUCAAGAACAAAUGCCAGUUCAGUGGGCUGGAGUACCGAGUAUGCCAGCAGUUCCGGGAGUUCCGGGAGUAUCAGCUACGGGAGCUCCGGGUGUCCAGCUGGCACCUCCAAAACUAUUGCUGCAAGAUUUAUACCCGCUGGUCUACCCCAAUCUGUACCAGCCCUACAAUGUUGUCUACCCUCAGGUAAUACCACAACAAUACCCAUUCGUGCAACCGAUGUACCCGAUCAUAGACAAACAGACAGAAAUACGAAGGAACAGCCUACAGCGACCGAAGCGUAACCCAUCCAGACCACAAAUCUACGAGGAGAAUAAGAAAUACGAUGAGAUGAAAAAAGACGAACGUCAUAACGAUAUAGCGUUAAAGAUACAGCAGAUAAAGGAGCAAAUGGCACAAAUGAAUACUAGGGAUAGGGGUAGGAACGAUUGGAGGCGGCGGAACAGCGGUAGCGGGAUACUGGGGAGCUACCCAGUGCACUAUAAUGGGAGGGUUAUGGGGAGAACGGCCGGCGACGAGGCACGCCUAAGCUCCGCCGCGCAAGCCAUCGUCAACUCCAUACGACACAUGCAAGCUAAGAACAACUACCAAGAGCCACGUCGCUUUGAGCCCCGUACUGAAAGGCCAGAGUUUCGCCCGCGACGCUACGACCGAGAGGAACGACGGGAGCCGCCACGCGCUUGUUUUGUAAGACAGAUGUCCCCGGGAACUUGGUGCAGACGGUCGCCCGGACCUCUCCCUCCAGCGUUCAACCAGCCCCGUCGGCCCCAACCGGACUCGAGAAACGGUCGACGCUAAAGACAAACACACAAAUAACAUACACACACACAUAUCCAACACUUUGAUAGACAAUAUGUUAUCUGUGACCCAAUGUUGACUUUUAAAAAAUAAUAAUUUUACCAACUAAAAAAAUAGUUUUGACAAAAAAAAAUUUUUUUUUUCGUGUGAAUUGAUUGUUUUUUAUGAUAAUAUGUUUUCUAUCAAACGUGUACAAUUCAAUGAUAAUCGGGACACGCCAUAAUAUAUU